CGGAGAGCGCCGCCGCGUUUCCUGGGGCAACCGCAAUGGCGGCUGCGUUGUCCGAGCGGCUCUUCUCACUGGAGCUGCUCGUUGACUGGGUGCGUCUUAAAGCCGGGCUGCUGCCGCAGCCGGGGGUCUCAAUGGAUGAGGGGGAGCAGGAGGAGGAGGAAGAGGGAUCACCCCCGCAGCAGUCCAGCUCCCUGUGCCCGGCGGUCGCCUUCCGUCUGCUGGACUUCCCCACGCUGCUGGUUUACCCCCCUGGAGGCCCGGCCUCCCCGGCCCCGGAACCCCGUCCCGGGCUGCUCAGCUUCGGUCGCGGCAAGUCCUGUCUGUUCCGCCUGCACCCCGCCACCCUGCACCGCCUGCUCCUUCGGACCCCACUUUACAUCUUGCUGCUGCAGCUGCCCCCCGGGGACCCGACACCUACCCCGCAGCUCCUGGGAUCCUGCACCAUCUCACUGGCCACAGCUGUCAACAAAGUCCUGGGACCUGCCAAGUCGGGCUGCUCCCAGGGUCAUCGAGGAAGUUUUCCUCUGCAUAACCAAGGGGGGGAGCACAUUGGGGAUAUUGCCCUGGGCUACCGCCUGACUGACCUGGGAAACAGCUUGUUGGGCCAUCUUGAGCGGCCACUCAGAUCCACUGGAGGUGGCCUGGAAACUAUAGAAUUGCAGAAGGCAGUGGAGGUCAGUUCCCAAACCCAGCAGGAGAAACAGCAGCCACCGCAGCCAACCACAGAGCCAAGGCCAACAGAUGCUGACGGGUCUCUUGUGGGUUUAAAAAUCCUAAAGGCACAGAAGGACUUGAAGGAAAUAGUCUGUCUUUGUAAAGCCAGCCCUGAUAAUACAAGUUCUGUGGAGAGUGGCAAAAAUAACUCUGUUGGUUCAGAUGCUAGCAGCGUUAGGAGUGUUAGUCCCUCGCAUCAGGAAAUUGCAGAGUUGGACAUUGAGAGUAACAUAUUUUGUCCUCCUCCUCUGUAUUACACUCAUUUGACCCAAGAAAAGGUACCUGCUGUACGGGGUAAAAUCACCAUUAAGCCUCACAUGAAUGAACCUGAGGAACUGGAUGGUAUCUCUCUGGGAGAAAAACUUGUAAAUCCUCCAGCACAUACUAAUCCUCCAAAUCAUACAAAUUCCAUACCACCCAAAAGUCCUCCAGUGGUUAUAAAUCCUCCACAUAUUCAGGAUAUUGGAGCAAGUAAUCAAACUGAACAAAAUAGAAUGAAUAUGAUAAACCAGCUGCCUUUGUUAAAUGCUUUGUUGGUUGAGUUGUCCUUGUUAUACAAUCAACCCAUGGCAAGACCUACUCAUAUACAUCCUCACUUAGCAUGGUUAUAUAGAACUGAGGAUAAGUCACCAGAAUCUGCCAAAUCCACAUUUAAAUCUGAAUCUAAGAAAGAUAACCUUUCUGCUGGGGAAAAUGAAAAGUCAGCAACUCCUCAGUAUCCAAAGAACCAAGUUGAAAAUGUAAAGAAAGAUAAAUAUUUUCAAAAGAACAGUGGUACACUCCCUAAAAGAGCUCCAAGGGGGAAGCUACUUUAUGGCUUAACAAACACACUUAAAUUACGUUUAAAGCAGACAAAUCCUGACAUGUUGGCAGUACAUGAAAAGAGAGAACAGUAUAGGAAAAUGCAAACACAAAUGUUGGGUGCAAGACUCAGAAUUCAGUCAUCCAAAGUUAAAGUGUUCAGCUUUGCAAAACAAUAUCGGGAGCCCCAACAGCUGUCUAAAGAUAAGUAUUUAGAAUCAAAUGUGUCCUUUGCUGAAAAUAGUGAUACCUCAAAGCAGGUGAGUGGGGUUUUUGACAGCUCCACUAUAACUAAAGAAACGAAACUGAAUUGUGCAACUGAGAAGAUGGUUGACAAUGGUGAAAAUCGAACCAAUAAUGGUUCCUUGGGAGAAAUUGUUAGUCCUGCACAUUCCAUUGACCCAGAAAGAUUUAAUCAUACAAAUAUUUUGGAAAGAGAACUGGAAAUGCAAGUCCAAAGGCCACAUGUUUUCCAACAGGUGGCACUGGUUGAGAGAACUGUAGUAGAUAAAGAAAUAGGUGAUAAGCAGGUGAAAAACACUGACAAUGACAUUCUUACUGCUGAUGUGAAUGAAAAUAAGCCAAGUAAAAAUAGUUGCUCUGAGAGCAUCUCAGAACUAAAAUAUUCAGAUGACUUUGCCAGCACAUGCUAUUCUGAAGAUUUUUAUACUGCUGAAGACACCAGCAGAAUUUUACAAGCUCGUGAUAGCAGUCCGAGAGCAGAAAAUUCAAAGCAGAGUCAAUAUACAAGUAAGUCUAGUGAAACAAGAUUGUCCAUAAGAAAAACUAGCAGUGAAAAGAGUUCUAUUCUUAGCCCACCUUUUUCAGCUGGAUCACCAGUACAUUCACAUAAAAGAUUGCAUAAUGCAAAGACUCAAGAUAAAAGUUUGGAGGAAGCUACUAGUAUCUCUUCCAGUGAUGUAUCUUCAUCAUAUUUGAUGGAGGAAAAAGGACACCAGAUAGAGCACAAUUGGAUGCAUGCAUCUGAAGUUAUAAAGAGGGGUCAAAACAUUUCUGUUAACACAAGAACUAGUUGCAAAUCUGUAGAAAAAAGCCAGUCACCUAGGACAUCUCAAGUGAGUUCUUAUCUGCCAUCUAAUUUGUCUGAACUGGAAUUUAAUGUCCUGGAUAGCAGUACAUCAGAGCACUCCGAAGAAGAGAAAGAUGAAGUUGGUUCGCUAAGUAUUUCCAAGCAAUGCAAAGAUAUUUGUGAAUUAGUAAUAAAUAAACUUCCAGGAUAUACAGUAUAAACAAUAAUUGCUUUUAAAAAACAUUUAAUUUUUUAUAAUGUGUACGAUUAGUGAAACAACUUUUAAUGACUUUAUAAUUUAGUACAUUGAUUAUGUGAAUAAUUCUUUUUUCAGAAAUAUAGAUAAGUUUGUCAUUCCUGUGAUGUCUAAAUAGUAUUUUCCUACUAUAAGUUUGACAUUGUUGAUCAUGAAAUCGUUUUGUAAUCUAGGUAAGAUGUAAACUUUUAAAUAAGAAUAUCUAUCUUAUUAAACUCUUUCUUCAAAGUAUCCAUCCUAAAGUAUUGAUCAUUCUAAAGCUGAAUUAAUACAUACCCUAAAAAAAAAAAAAAAAACCUGUAGAAAACCCUUAUUGGAGAUAUGAUUAUUUGUAACACUUUUUUGUUUUGCUGGAUAUAAGCAUUUCAGAUAUCCUCUGAAAUAUUUGAAGAAGAGAAUUUUUUAAAAAAUCCAUUAUCUACUUUAUUGCUAUUUCAGGUUGUUCAAUGGGUGUUUUUAAUGUAUGAAAGUUUUUAUAAAGUCAAAUCAUUUAUAGUUUCUUGACCUGGUUUUAUACUUAGACCUUAUUCUUUGUUCAGAUAUUUACAUACACUUACUUUGGUUAUAUUUUCAGUUUCAUGCUUAACAUUUUAAUAUAUCUAAUAUAUUUGUUAAAGAUUUAUUUAUUUAUGCAUACAAGGGAUGCAUACACUUCUGGAAUAUAGGCCAAAAGUGUGUGUGUGGUGGGGAUGGUGGGUGAGAAGAUUCACCAGAGACAGAGUGGGGAGAAGAACAGGCACAUCUACUGAAAUACACUGCUGAGGGGAGCAGUGGGCAAAACAGGAGAGGCCUGCUGAGUCAUGUGGGUCAUCUCCCUGGCCAGGGAUCAAACUCAUGCUGUAGUGACUGGCGACAGCUUCACAGUGCUAAGACUUAACCCCUUGUGCCACCAGGGAGGCCCUAUCUAAUAUUUUUGGAUGUAUGAGGUGAGAUCCUAAUUAUCCUUUAUAAGUAAUUAGAUAGGGAUUAUCUUUUGAAUGAUCACAAUAGGUAGAAAUUAGAUAAUAGUAUGAUUUUAGGAUGUAUUUUGAGGAACAAAAUGAAAAAAAUAAAGAUGGGAAUGAACAUGGUGGUACUGUGGAAGGUUUUGAGUAGAAUGGUAGAUUCAUGGUGCAGAGUGUAGAAAAGAAACUUGUUGAUUAACAAAAGUCUGAGAGCUUCAAAUGCCUGGCAUAAUAAAAGAGUUCUAAGCAACAGAAACAAUAGAAUUUUAGGUUAUUAAUGAGCACCAGUAAGUAGCCAUGAUGUUGUGACUAUUUUAAAUUAUUGAGAUAAUUUUUAGAGUUACAGAAAUUAUACCAAUAAAAGUUUUGAAAUAUAAAG